GAUAAUUUGGCCGAUGUCUGAUUGGUAGAAGCUUUUGACCAUCGCAAAGGGCCCACCUGCCCUGAGUGAUGGGGCUGGAUGACCUCAUUGGUAUGAGCAAGCUAGGUUCGCAAGUGAGAAGGGUCGUGGACUGCCCUCUCCCUUCACCCCCCCAGGUCAAUGAACUCUUGUCUAGGAUACGGUAUACUGUCAAUUAUGAAGCAAUGAUACCAGGCCGCAUUCUCUUCCGACCGAUAUCCCGGCCGUGGUCGAGCCUCCCCGGGCUUGCGACAAGAUGUCCGCCAAUCCCUAACGGUGUGACAUCGCUCCAGUCGAAGCCCGACACCGUCCGUGGAAGAUGGGCUGGAAUAGCAUGGAAGGGUUCUGUUGCGGGUGACGAGAAGAGCGGACACAUUGUUGCUGGUCCUAACGAGUCUAUUCUGUAUUUCGACAAUGUCUUCCCCUUGAAGCUCAGCUCAGUCCUCGGACGAUCAUGGGACCCCGAUAGCGACCUCUCUUACCUACUCAAGAAAUUUGAGAGCCCAUCGACUGGAUUCCUGGACCCAAUCAGCCUGGUUAAGAGAGCCAUCCCAAAGUCGAUCCCCAUGAAAGUUACCGAGAUCAUACCGCGACUGAAGGAUGGGGGCGCCUUUGUCAAGUUCAGCCACCCAGCCGAGAUAUCGGCAACAGAGAUUGAAGGUACCUUAUCCAAGCUGCUUGCUGAAAAGCCGUUAAAGCCUUGGUUCAGCCCGUUCCGCACAGUUCAGGCGGGUCUCGUUAAGGGCAUCCCUUGGCUCGAGGACUUGCACAGAUUCCCCAAGAACCGGCUUAAGAUCGAGUUUACUUCGACCUCUCCCGACGGCGAUGGCGUCGAGUUGUCACAAGAGACGCUGUACAGCCUAUUCAGGAGAUACGGGAAGAUUGCCGACAUCACGUCACAACCCCCCGACUCCAAGGUCCUUCCAAAGUUCGCGUUUGUGGACUUUGUUCUCGUUCGAGAUGCUAUCAUGGCCCGGAACUGCAUGCAUGGCUUCACCCUCGCUGAAACGCUCGGAGGUGGUAAGAAUGGUACCAGGCUACGGCUCUCCUAUGAGCGACGAGUCAAGGCGCACCACAUCUGGAACUGGAUAACCAGCCAUCCGCGAGUUGUCAUUCCGAUCAUAGCGACUCUGCUCGCUGCCUUCACCGUUGCCGUGUUCGACCCGAUCCGGGAGUUCUUUGUCAAGGCUCACGUGCAACAGUCGUUCAAGCUGUCGAAAAGCAGGCUGUAUACCUGGUUCAAGAGGCAGACUUCUGACAUGCUUCCCUUCCAUCACGAGAAACCAGAGAAAGCUGGCCUGAAUGCUCUCUGGAGCCACAGGAAAGACCUCAUCGAUACCGUUAAUAACUGGUUGAUGGAAACCGCCGACACUUUCAUCGUGAUCCAGGGUCCCCGGGGCUCCGGUAAGAAGGAGCUGGUCUUGGACCAGGUCUUACCAGGGCGGAAUAAUGUAUUGGUCGUUGACUGCAGGCCGGUUGUCGAAGCCAGAGGCGAGGCUGGAACGAUAAAGAAGCUUGCCAACCAAGUCGGGUACCGUCCCGUGUUCUCCUGGGCGAACAACAUCAGCAGCCUAGUCGACUUGGCCGUCCAAAGCACCACGGGGGUCAAGGCCGGCUUCUCGGAAAAUCUCGAGUCACAAGUCGUCAAGAUAUUGCAAACCACGGCUGCCGCCCUCAAGGAGGUGUCCCUGGACGACCGGAAGAAGGAUGACAGCGAUGCUGCCCUGUCAGAAGAUGCCUACCUCGAAGCCCACCCGGAGAAGCGGCCUGUCAUAGUCGUCGACAACUUCCUUCACAGGAGCGACGACGCGAGCCUCAUCUACGACAAGAUCUCCGAGUGGGCUGCGUCCCUGGUCCAGUCCAACAUCGCGCACGUCAUCUUCCUCACCAGCGAUGCUGGCUUUUCCAAGACCCUCUCCAAACCACUCCCGGAUCGAGUCUUCCGGCAAUUGGCCCUUGGCGAUCUGUCCCCGGCCGUCGCAAAGAAAUACGUCAUCUCGCACCUGGAGCAUGACGACCAAGUGCUAGCAGGCGACGAGGGCGACGAAGGGGAGAAGCAGAAGGUCCUGAGCGGAGGCAAGUACCGGAAGGACCUCGCCGAGCUCGACGAAUGCAUCGAGUCCCUCGGCGGGCGACUGACGGACCUCAACUUCCUCGCGCGCCGCCUCAAGAGCGGCCAGAGCCCGAAGCACGCCGUCAACGAGAUCAUAGACCAGAGCGCGUCGGACGUGCUUCGCAUGUUCAUCCUCGCCAAGAAGCACCCCGGCGGGGACCAGAAGUGGUCGCCCGAGCAGGCGUGGUACCUGGUCCGGGAGAUCGCCAAGCACGGCACCCUGCGGUACAACGAGGUUCUCCUGUCCAGCACGUUCGCCUCGUCGACGACCCCCGGCGCCGACUCCGCCGAGGCCGCCCUCGACAACCUCGCGGCGGCCGAGCUGAUCUCGGUGGGGUCGCACAAGGGGCGGCCGCAGACGGUGAGGGCCGGCCGGCCCGUGUACCAGGCCGCGUUCGCGGCGCUGCUGGCCGACGGGGCGCUGAGGGCGCGGAUGGACCUGGCCGUGCUGACGGAGCGGGCCGCCGUCGAGGCCAAGAGCCUGGACAAGGUCGAGGCCGAGCUGGGCCUGCUGGGGUCGCUGCCCCGCCAGCCGCACCAGACGGCCGACCGGGUGAAUUACCUGUUGGCCAAGGUGCAGAGCAGCCAGGCAAGGAUACAGGAGUGCGAGAGGGAGAUGGCUGGGCUGAAGAAGAUCUUGUCGCAGGAGGCUUAGGGUUGGUUCUUUCUGUCCCCCGACGACUUGAGAUGAUCGACGUGUGUGUGUGUGUGUGUGUGGAUAUGCGAAAUGACUACCGUGCGAGGGUAUACCGGACAAGGGGGUGACUGAUACGCCUUCCCUCUCAAAUGUAUAUUAUUCAUGGGGAAGCAUCUCUCAAUAAUCUAGACCCAUCAUGGUCAAUCCCCCGGACUAACUGCCAAUUCGUGACGGGGCGCAGGAAC